UUCAGUCGUGCUCUGAUCGUGUUCAUACUCACAACAAAAAAUCGGAGAAAACUUGUAUUCGAUAACCAGAUUUUGUCCGAUAAAUUUUGUGAAAAUUUUUCCGAAAACAUCAACAACAACAACAAAUCGUAAAUAGAAAUUCGAGAGAAGAAUUAGAAUUAGAAAUUCGAAUAAAAUGGAUAGCGUUGUGUCGACCGCGACCUUAAUGCAAUCGACGGCAUCGCUGUCCAAGGCCAAGAAAUCGAAGCGGGUCCGUUUGCCGACAUUCGAUCUAUCGCUGGAGCAGAAGACCGAUAUUAAGAAGGCCUUCGAGCUAUUCGAUACCGGCUGCACGGGCUUUAUCGAGGUCAAGGAGCUGCGUGUGGCCAUUCGCGCCUUGGGCUUUGAGCCCAAGAAGGAGGAGAUCAAGAGCAUGAUGGAUGAGAUUGACAAGGACAAGACGGGACGCAUUGCGUUCAAUGAUUUUCUGUAUCUAAUGCGUCAGAAAAUGGCCGAGAAGGACUCCAUACAGGACAUGCUGAAGGCGUUCGCCUUCUUCGAUGACGAUCGCACUGGGCGCUGCUCGUUCGCCAAUCUGAAGCGUGUCGCCAAGGAGCUCGGUGAGAAUCUCACCGACGAGGAGCUACAGGAGAUGAUCGAUGAGGCGAACACCAGUGGCGAUGGCGAGGUCUCCCGCGAGGAGUUUCUCGCCUUCACAAAGAAAACUUUUCUGAUUUAGUUUCUCUUAUACGAUUUUUUAUAUUGCUUUGCGUUUGGGGAAACGACGUUGUUAAUGGAUCAUCAUCUUAACGCACAUAUACCAUUGAUUUACACAUCGUUUCAGGCGGCGCCACACACCAUCCACACAUCAUCGUAUCAGUACCAUGAACACUCUAUGAAUAUGCUCUUGAAGAAGUUUGGAUAUGCUUCGGUUAAAUAAAGCAAAGCAAUAUACAUAUAUAUAUAUA